CAAUGAUGGCGUCGUUACGAUUUUUGGCAAUCGCGACAGUUAUAUCCGUGACGUCAGCGAGUCCUUCGGCAGUCGACGUCGUGCAGGACAUUUACCGCGGCUGCCUGGACGACUUGUCAGUGAAUUGCGUCAAACCGAAAGCCCUGCAGUGGAUUAGUGACGUUGCCAACGAAAACGAGAUCAAAAUCACGGAAGAUUUGUUCGUGGUCAAGAAAGAUAACCCAGAAGUUGAGAAAGAGCGGUCGCUAGCGAGUGACGUGUUUGACAAGUUUGAAGAUUUUAUUCAAACUCACGAACUGGUGGCCAAACCUCCCUCCAUUCUAAGCUCAGAUGGACCCUUGGGGUCGCUCGUUCCGAGAUCUUUCCAUCCGGAGGAACUCAAAGUUCCAUUAGCUGAAACCGGAAGGUCUUCGAAAAUCAUCAAGAAGGUGAUUCUUCCCUUUUUGCUGGGACUGAAGUUUAAAACGGCCAUAGUGGUGCCUUUGGUUCUAGCUUUGAUCGCUUUGAAAACCUGGAAAGCUUUGACGCUGGGUUUGCUAUCGUUGGUGCUAACCGGUGCAUUGUUGAUUUUCAAACUAACUAAGCCGAAGACCGUGAGCUACGAAGUUGUUCACUACCCGCAGCACAUCGACCACCACGUAGAUCACCCACCUACGUUUAGCGGUUUGGAGCAUCCCGGGUACGGAAGACAAAUGAGUGCAAAUGAAAUGGCUUACAAUGCUUAUUUAAGUUAAAUAAGUUUCAUGGAUAGUAAUUUAUUUAAAUCAAAUUU